AUGGUUCUCAUAAGUUCCCACUGCGAGGGAUACGAGCUUGACAGGUUUCAACGCUUUUCCAACACCCAGUGCUUCAUUAAGGGGGUAGAAAGCAACGAUGGCAACGCCUUCAGAGGCAUCGCUGAUGAUGAUGACCCCAGGGCGGCAAAGACCGGUGUGACAGAAACUACCCAGGAGAUCAUAGCAUACGACCACCCCACUGCGCCUACCGUCCGUUUGUGGGACUUUCCGGGCAUCGGGACGCCCACUUUCCAACCUCAGCGUUAUCUGGAGGACGUGGGGCUGACCAAGUACGACUUCUUCAUCAUCGUGGCGUCAGAGCGCUUCAGGGAGUGUCAUGUGACACUGGCCAGCUGCGUGGCGCAGGCAGGGAAGAAGUUCUACUUUGUGCGCAACAAGGUGGACAACGACCUGGAGGCCUCCGCCCGGAGGAGGGGGCGUAUGGGCUUGAGCGAAGAGGCCGUUUUGAGGGAGAUACGAGACGACUGUGAGGCUGGCUUGCAGAGGACCGGGGCGGGGCAGCCCCAGGUCUUCCUGCUCUCCUGCUUCCAGCCGCAGAGCUUUGACUUCGGCCUGCUGCACGAGACCCUGGAGAGGGAGCUGGAGGAUCAUAAGAGGCACGUCUUCCUGCUGGCGCUGCCCAACCUCACCGCUGCCUUGCUGGAGAGGAAGCAGCAGGCGCUGGCUGGGAGCGUGUGGCAGACGGCGAUGGCGGCUUGUCUGAGUGCUGCGACGCCAGGUGGCGCUGUUCACAGCAGCGUGCCCAUGCUUAUGAGCACCCUGCAGUCCUUCCAGCGUAGCUUCGGCUUGGACACCAACUCCCUGCUCCGGUUGGCCAACAUGACGGGAAAAUCCUAUCAGGAGCUCUACGGAGAGGUGCGCUCCACCUCCGGCAGGGAGCUCUCAAUGCAGACUGUGGAGGGCAUGCUGUCCCAGGUGGCAUUGGGCCAGCAGGUCCUGUCGGGUCUGCUGGAGAGUCGGAUCCCGGUGCUGGGCAACAUCAUCUCAGGGGGCGUCUCCUUCAUGGCCUCGUACAGCCUACUGAAGUCUGCCAUCAAGGACCUGCGUGAGGACGCCGAGAGAGUGAUGCACAGAGCUCUGGUUGGGGCAGACGACACCCAAGAGGACGUUCCGGAUCCAGGAUAUUUUUAUGCGGACUAAGGGAGCCAAAUGUGACCCGGGGGAAUUGGCUGGGUGAUGCUGGGAGGGGAAACCUACAGAGGACUAUGUAUUAAAACUGCUAAUGGCAUGCGGAUUGAAUUAGCCCUGCACAUUGUUGUACAGCAAUAAAUGAUCAUGAACACA